UCGCCUCCUGCCGGUGUUGCCCCGAAACAAAACCGGUUCAUCUACUCACGUAACCUAAUCUUCAAAAUGGGCCGAGCAGCUAAUUUCAACGGCCCAGAACAUUUCCUCAUUGGGCCCAUGUUGGGCUUUUUCUUGUCUGCGGGGUCAGGAAACCAUUCAAGAAGACAUAGACAUCGUCAUCGUUUCAGACCCUGGGAAAUUCAGAAAUGGCGAAACGAGUCCACUUUCGUCUUCUCAAACUCCCGCGCUCCACGCAGUUCAGGUUUAUGCUCCCAGAGCCCCCUCCGGUUCUUUCCUGCUCUCUCUGCACUGCCCCUUCUCUGCCUGACCCAGCAGGCCAAACCGGCGGCGGAGAAGGCACGUCAGUUGCCGAGCUCCGACAGGAUAGCCACCGCCACGAACAAGUCCGGCGGAUCCGGGUUCUCCUCCAGCAGGGUCGCACGGAAGCGGCUCACCGGCAUAUCAAAUUCCUCGUUCUCUCCAAAAAGGGAGAGCUUUUCGCUUCGCCCUCUGAUCUCUUCUCGUUCUUUUCUGCUUCCUGCCCCUCCUUGAGGCCCUCCUUCUCAGACAUCCUCUUAUCGGUCUGCGCGGGCUCGAAUUUAACCGAGGAAGCUGCUGAGUUGCAUGACUUGAUGAGAAAUGAGGGCUUGCUUCCUUCUCUGGCUUCCCUGAACAUGCUGCUUGAAUGUUUCGUGGCGACGAAGCAGUUCGACCGGACCCUUAAUCUGUUUGAUGAGAUCUGUGGCUCCGGCAUAAAACCCGACAAGUUCACCUUCGCCAAAGCGGUCCAAGCGGCGGUGAAAGUAGGAAACUUGAAGAGGGGCUUUGAGCUGAUGGAAAGUAUGAAGAAGCGAGGGGUCGGCCGGACAGGUUUCGUAUACAAUGUGAUGAUCAGCGGGCUGUGCAAGGAGAAGAGGAUUCACGAUGCAGAGAAGUUGCUCGAUGAAAUGUCUAGAAGGAACAUCGCCCCCACAGUUGUCACCUAUAACACGCUUAUUGAUGGUUACUGCAAGUCGGAAGACUUGGAGAGAGCUCUCACUUUGAAGGAUAGCAUGGUGAAGUUGAAUGUGGCCCCAAACCUCGUGACAUUCAACACUCUGCUCAAGGGGCUAUACCGGGCUCAGAGGAUGGAGCAGGCCAAGGCAGUUUUGGAGGAGAUGCAAGCUCUGGGAUUUGAGGCUGAUAGCUUUACUUACAAUAACUUAUUGAAUGGUCUGUGCAAAGGAGGAAAUUUCGACGAGGCCGAGGAAACCUUAAUCAAGUGGAGUGAAAGCGGGAUUGUGCGGGACCCAGCAGUUUAUCACACUCUUGUGAGUGGAUACUGCCGAAGGGAUGAGGUGACGCGGGCUCUUUCUGUGAUUCAACUGAUGGAAUCUCAUGGUGUGAGACCGAACGACAUCACUUUCAACUGUCUGAUCAGCAAGUUCUGCGACUUGAAAGAGAUGGACCGGGCACAGACUUUGGUUAAGAAGAUGGAGGAGGAGGGGGUUUUGCCGACCCUCGAGACACACAACAUCCUUAUCAAUGGUUAUGGAAGGUUAAGCCUCUUCCAUCGCUGUUUUGAGAUUAUAGAAGAGAUGGAAAAGAAAGGGUUGAAACCAAAUGUGGUGAGUUAUGGCUCCCUGAUAAAUUGUCUCUGCAAGGACAAUAAGCUGAUUGAAGCAGAAUUAGUCUUUGGGGAUAUGGUGAGUCGAGGAAUUAUCCCGAACGUGCAGAUAUACAAUAUCAUUAUCGAUGGGAAUUGUGGGGCUGGGAAGUUGGAGAAGGCUUUUGAGAUUCUUGACCAGAUGGUGGGUAACGGGAUCGGCCCAACCAUCGUAACCUAUAAUUCUCUUAUCAACGGUCUCUGCAAAAAGGGAAGGCUAGUGGAAGCUGAAAACAUGGUUCUGCAGAUCCUGAAUAGUGGCUAUAAGCCCGAUGUUAUUACAUUUAACUCACUUAUCUCAGGCUAUUCUCGAGCUGGUGACUCCACGAAAUGUCUUGCGCUGUAUGAGGAUAUGAAGAACAGAGGGAUCAAACCAACUUUGAGUACAUUUCAUCCAUUGAUCACUGGGUGCGGGAAAGAAGGGAUGGUUGUUUUGGAUAGGCUUAUUCAGGAAAUGUGUCGGAUGAAUUUGGGUCCCGACAGGCUUGUGUAUAAUGAGUUGAUUCACUCCUUCAUCGAGCAUGGAGAGUUGCAGAGGGCAUAUGAUUUGCAAAGAGACAUGAAUGAAAGGGGAGUUCUCCCCGAUAAGAUGACUUACAAUAGCUUGAUUCUGGGGCGAUUAAAGGAAGAGAAGUUCUCGGAGGUGAGGAACCUCGUGGAGGAUAUGAAAGUGAAAGGGUUGGGUCCCAAAGCCGAUACAUACCACAUAUUAGUAAAGGGCCACUGUGAUUGCAGCAACUUUGAUGAAGCCUAUAGUUGGUACAGGGAGAUGGUCAAGAAUGGUUUCCUUCUGAAUGCCACGAUAUGUAGGGAACUCAUCGCUGGCCUAGAACAAAAGAGAAACUCGGAAGCAGCUGAGAUUGUUCGCUGUGAAAUGAGCUCUAAAGGAAUAGAUGAAUGGAGCAACACUGCAAAAGAGGUUUCUCUCUAGUUGACAGUGCAGUAAAGACCUCUGUGGAUGAACUUCCGGAGAUGUCACAAGUACAGACAUGUACCGCAAUUCUAAUGUAUGCGUAUACAUAUUUGCGAUAGCUGAUUGUUUUGGUUCAGGGAAUGGAAUACCUAAUGAGCAUAUCAUCUUUUACAAAGUAA